CGGCCGGGUUAGUUAGGUUCUUUCAAUUGAUCAAGUAACAUCGUACAUGGAAAGAGGCAAAAAGUGCCGAGAGAAAUCAGAGUUUUAUCUGAAAACUUGUUAGUCAACGCAAGAGCAAACUAUACAACACAGAAAAUAAAAAGAGAGCCAGAGAGUCGUUUUUCUGUCACAUCUGUAAUAGAGAAAAGUACACACAACGUUGAGUUAUUUUGUAAUUUUUAUCAUUAUUUAGUAGUAACUUAGUAGACUCUUAACAAAUUGUCACCAAAAGUUACAAAGUGUUUGUCUGUGAAAAAAGAAGCUAACAUCGAGAUUCUAGUGUGAUAUACUGAAUCAAAUUGAGCACCGUUGUACUGGAGAAAACUGAGUUUUCCACACGCAAGCAGCCAUUGAGAAGAAAAUCGAUGAAAAACGAAAUUGUGUAAGACACACUGCGGAAGUCGAAGUAAAAAAAACAAGCUAUGCUCUAGCAGAACUAGUACAGUUGAAAAAGUUGUCGUAAAUACUUAGGAUUUUCAAAUUUUACCCGACACUCAGGCGGAGGGUUGAGAAUCAAUUGAAGCAACGGCACCACCAUCAAAAUACAAAUAUAAAUGAUGAGCAGAUUAUUUGAAAAGAGCAAAAGAAAUAAUAUUUAAAAAUUACAAGUUAAUAGAAAAAAGUGAUAAUCAAGUGCUGUGAAUUACAAAUAAAUCUUUAUCUUAAGCAUAAGUUAGGCGAGAGAAAAGUCGACAAACGAGUCCUUUCACGAGAAAAAAAGUGGAAAAUAAGUCAAAAAGAGAAGUCAAACGAAGCAUAGUGAUCGCUUGUCAAGAGCACCAGUGAAUCAAAUAUCUACCUGUAUUUAUGAGUGCGAAUUUUGCUGCCAUCGACGAUUUGGUUGAAGAGUUUCUGAAAAUGGAACUCAUUUCCGUUCCUCCGUAUCCAGGCCAAUUGGGUUAUCUAGGAUCAAACAAAGUCAACGAUUUUCGAACACCGUUGAUGCCGAUUGCGGCUAAUAGUAAUAAAAUCUCCAAUCAACGUCAUCAGUCACAGCAUCAACAACAGCAAGCAGGCAGUCAGCGCAAUCAUCAUCACCAUCACCACCAUCAUCAUCACUACCAGUCGUCGCAGGAGAAUCAUCAACAGCUGGAACCGGCGACGAUAGCCCUUACAGCGUCGCCUCACGAAGAUGCCCUGCAAGCACUGGCCGCCCGGCUUGAAACGGAACUGCGAACGGCCAAACGGCGGCAUUUAGCUUGUACCGAAGUAUUACUCCCGGCUGACCUGCUACACCGGAUAGCAUCUCAGAUGUUUGAACUGUCUGAAAAAGAACCGUGUGGCAUUCGUGGCUGUACUGUUUACAUCGAGUUCGAGGACGAACCGGAUAAUAGCAGACGGAUCGCCGCUAUGAAAACCGAUCCCACGACAGUAUCCACCUUUGAGCUCUACCUCACGCUUCGACAAGAUAGGAGCGGAUGGACUUCAAUACUGCCACAGUUUCUCAAAAACCUGGCCCGUGGCAGCACAAUCAUGAUCAAUCCGGAGUUCGCGUUGGUCAAGAACAAACUUUAUCACGCGUACUCCGAUUAAACUUCGAUUGUUACUUUCUCCAUCGCCAACCCAACACGCGCUACUUGGAACGGAGGCGGAAUUAACAAAAUAAAGGUAGGAAAGAAUUUUCCAACUCUUUUCAACAAAGAACAAAUUUUCUACCUGUGAGAUAAUCGAGAAGAGCACAAGCUCUCCGUCCGCUGCAAGCGGCUCCGGAGAUCUUUGGCCCAAGGCUGCGAUGCGCUGCGCGAUAACAACAUACAACAUUUAUUUUUAAGUAUUUUACGAAUAUUCGAAACUACCAGGUCUGUCGUGCAGAGGUAAAGUGUAGCAACCAACAAACAAACCAAGUGAAGUUUAUGUUUCUAGAACGCUAGCGAAAACAAAAACAGAUUUAGCAAGCAAACAAAAAUCUUGCUCAUCGUUUUUUAAAAUUUUUUUUUGUGUAGAAAGAAUAUUAUAAACACAAAGAUAAAAAAUAACAGUUCGUCGCCAUUGCGAAAGUUUCGAGUUUAAAACACAAAUAGCAAGACAAAUAUUGUGAAUAGUUGGAAUGCAACACAUCGAUUACAGAUAACCAGUUUCGUUGUCAGUGUUGAGUAAGAAAAAAGCCUUGGAAAAUAUUCCAACAAAAUCAAUAUAAAAAAUCAAGAAAACCCGAAAUAAUACUGUAGUGCUCAUCGUUUAGCUACUGCUAGAGGGUCUGCUUAUAUUUUCCAACUGAAAUUUUGUGAUUAUUUCCUAGUGAUUUUAAACCAAGCUUUCCUGAUACCCGGUACGGAUGAGAAUUUGAUGUGUUAUAUUUUCCUCACGUGUCGAAAGAAAAAUAAUGAGCAACCUUUAAGAUAAGGAGCGGAAUUGUGAUCAAAAGUUUAACAUCGUCACCGCUCAAUAUUUUCAUUUAUUCGUUCUCGAUAUUUGCAUGUAAGGUGUUCAAAUUGACUAUUAUAUGGCCAACAGCGGUUUUUCCAAUUUCCGUUUUGAAUAUGUUUGAAUUUUUUUGACAGCUCGGAAUGUGAAAUGUUCCUAGGAAGAUAAAUUCAAAAUUUGCAAAACAUCAAAAUCAAAAAGCAAAGUGCUGAAACGAGGGAAAUGGGAAAGCAAAGUGAAAGAAACAGAAGAAAACGAAAUCGAUAAAGCAUUUGUGAGUAAUCUUUUUAUUAAAGAUGUUUAUGGAUAAGACAAAAGUUAUAUUUUUGGAGAAGGAAUUUAUUUCGCGUCAUUGUCUCUGUGUAUAAAUUAUUGAUUAAUAAUUAGCUGUUAGCAAACAGUUUUAAUUUGUGAUAAUCGCGCUAAUUAAGGAUUCAGUUCUGUUCUCUUCAUUGCGAAUCAGACAAAAUACGGACCAUUUUGAUCUCAGUUUAAGUAAUCGAGUAAUAGUAAUAAUAAAAUAUUCAGGAAAAAAAAAUUAAAUAGAAACAUCCAGCUUGUCGUUUUUCUUAAUUUGCUUCAAUAUAAUAACACAAUAACUUUUACACUACUUAGGAAAUUCUGGGCGAAACAACACCAAAACACAAAUGUUUAUCAUCAAAUUAAAUGCUGUGGAGCAAAACACAUAUAUCAAUUACCAGAAACCCUCCUUUCCUAUGGCAGAAAACUCUGAUAAAAAAACACACAAGCAGUAUAAUAAUCGCAAAUAAUAAAUGGUUUUUGAUCAUUACACAACCGUCACUGAUUUUUUAUUAUUAUUAUUAUUAUUAUCAUCAUCAUCAUCAUUAUUAUUAUUACUAUUAAACAUUCAUUGUUUGUUACAUCAAUUAUAUACAUAUACAUAAAUAUAUACAACGGUAUGUGUCUGUAGUGGUUAUCAACAAAUUAUUAAUCGAUAACGUAUAGAACCGCGAAAUUUAUACUAACGCAAAAGUUUGAAUCAUGUAAGAAAUACCUUAAACCAUUUAUUUGCUUUGAUUCGGUUGUCAAGCAUUUUUACUUUUCUGUCGCUCGAACAAACAUACACAGAAAUUGUAUAAAUUUAAAUAGUAACAGAAUCGAAAGCGACAACUUCCACUUAUAACUGAGCUCACCAACUCUCGCGUUCGAUCUCGAUUUCACCGUGGAUAGGCGUGGAAAAAUUAGUCUCUCAGUAAGGGCGAAAAACUUCCUUCUCGGUACAUAAAAGGUUGAUCGUAUUCGUCGACCAAUGCACAUGGGAAGUGUAUGCAAAAUAUCCCGAAUCUAAGUAACUUGAUCAGUUGAAGAAUUAACCACCCUUGAAGGCCUGUUAGCUCUUUGCUGAAGGCCUGUUAGCUGUGUGCGGGAAGUUUUUUUCUUACGUCAUCGGCCGCCGGCUAUAACUCGGUACUGAGUGAUGAAAGGGGGUGAGUCAGGUUUCGAUCGGAACCAUUAUGAUUUUCUCGAAUGUCGCCUUCGAUUCCAAGAGCUGUCCCACCAUUGUGAUUUUUAUAUAUAAGUUUGUAGAGCGAGUUUUGAAUAACAAAAAACGAUUUGAAAUGCUACAUAGUCUUUUAAUCGUUUUGUCUAGAGCUAAUCGGAAAUAUAACCGUAAAAUCGAAACAAUAAUAUGAUAAAGAAAAGAAAGUAAUCUGAAUCGUGAUUAGCGUAAGAAAACACAUAUUUGAAAAAGUAAAGAAAAAAACAAACGAAAAAAUUGCAAACAAAAUCAUAAAUGAAAAUAAAUAGUAAUAUUACGGAAAAAAUGGAAAAGUGAAAUGUUUGAUACAAAAAAAUAUUGUGUGUGUGUGUGUUUUUCUAUAUUUAUAUAAUAUAUUAUAUACAUAUAUAUCGUAAAAAGCAUAACAAAUUUAAAAUAUUAGGAUUUUGAAAUUUAAUGAUCUAUAAUAGCAGAGUAACAAAUUUUAAACAUCCAGCCCUCAAAAUCCAAGUCGGAACAUUCACACUUUGCUUUCUGUACUCAAUAAUCAUACCGUACUAAAGAAGUAGUUUCAAACCUUGAAGCGAACCAAACGCAAUUAAUUCUAUAAUUUCGUCCCCAUAUUUAUUAUCCUAUCCCCAAAUUCAAAAAAUCCAGAAAAGAAUAAAAACAUACAAAAAAAAUAUAAGUUCGGUAAUUGGACAACGAAAUUUUUACCUUUUGACUAGCGAAAAGGAUUUUCGGUGUUUUCAUUCGCUCGCCACAUAUAGGGUUCAAUCUGUGCAUGCAUAAGGUCACACACCGGUUCUUCAUUCACAAUGGAUGACCUUCGAAGUAGACACAUUGUGGUGAUGAUGAACAAUUGAAUGAAAACUCGAAUUAUUAAAAAUCUCGUGUUAAAAAACUUCUCAAAAAUGUGAUAAGAUCUUAGUUGAACAAAUAAGAAAAAAUGAAAAUAUGAUCAAACAUUUGAAGCGAAAUCCAUAUCCCAGAAUUUGUGGCAGCAAAACGCAAAGUAGAAGGAACUAAAACAAAAAAUAAUAAUAAUAACUAAACUCAAACAUUAACACGAAACGUAAAAUACUGUAUGCAUGUAUUAGUAGUUUUUCGUAUACUUAUCAAAAUGAAGCAAACAAAACUAGGAGAAAAAUCAUAACAAUAUCAUAAACAUAAAGAAAGAAAAAAAUCAUAAAACACACCUUUUCAUUUCAUUUUGACAAUUUUUAGGAGUGGGCCAUCUCCCUAUUUUUGAGCGGCUAACGAUGCCCCAGGGAGAGGACCUCUCCAGCGAAAACAAACUGUUUUUAAUUUCCCUUGUAUUAGUAGUACUAGCGGAAGAGACAAGCACAACGUGAUCAAGUAAUGUUAAAAAAUAAAAGAGGGCUAAAACCUUGCAAAAAAUACCAGCUGAAUGUGUAUAUGUGUACCGAUACAUAUAUUCAAAUAAAAAAAAAACAAAACUUUGUAGACUGUUAAGGAUUCAAUCUCGUUCAUAUCGACGAUAGACAAACCCUUUUGGAUAGAGUUUCUCGUGCAAACCGUGAGGGGUUUCCGAACUCCCACGUUGCGCUCUCGCGUGCGUAUUCUUCUAGUUUCUGAAAUUGGUUUGUUUUACUCAACUGCUCCUUCGUGCGAGGAUGAAGAGGAAAACCGAUCGUGUACAAAUUAAAUGGAUAAUAAUUGUUAAUUUUUAUUAGCUAGGAUUAGUAAGAUUUACUAAGUGUAACGCGAGCGAGCGUAGGCAUUUUUUUAUAACCCUCUACGAAAAAGCAGUGCUAAUGAGCAUCGAACGGUUCGAUUUAUAUAGACUAUCUAUUACUUACAAACAUACAUACAUACACACUCAGCCCUGUAAACUUUUGUUCUGAUUGUAACGGUGGUGUUACACUCUGUUAAUUUGAUUUCGACCACGAAAGUGAGUGCGAUUUUCAACAUUCAAUUUCGACGUGUGCAAGUGUGAUCCAAAUGAAAGUUCGUUUGUGUCCCAUUUUUAAAUCCUCUUUUUGUGCCCAACAAAUUCAGAACAAAAACACAAAGUCUUAGUCAUUUGUUUUUAUUUUACUUUGUUAUUUAGUCAUGCUCCGUUUUUUUUUUUGUUUUUUAAUUAUAAAUGAUUAAACUUAAGUCGAUUCGUAUAGAAGAAUUUUCACUUUUAAGACGCAGAAAAUUCUAAUCGUGAUAUAUGUGAUUAAUGAACGAGCGCGACCACGAGCACGAACAAAGUAGACAAUACCACAGGCGAGAGCGAGCGGAAGAGAAACCCCUCAUCGAGAACAAGUUGCCGAGAAGUUGUCGAGAAGCUCGCGCACUGCACUAUUUUUUCUCUUCUUUCAACGUCAGACUUUUUAUCGUUUGACACAUAAUCAGUAUUGCAGAUCGCUAUUGGUUUGUUCUUUGCUUUUUCCGCAAAAGUGUAACGAUUUAGUUGUACCAAAUCGAAUCAUUCUUCCUCCAUUUAAGAGGGGACUUAGAAAUCUCCCAAGUUUUCAGUUUUUUCGACCUUUCAUUGCAACGGCCGAAAUGCUCGGAAGCAAACAAACAAAUUCGAGCCAAAUGUUCAUUCCAAGUUUUACUGCUAAUGAAACUUUACUGAAUUUGGUUGAUUCAUUCCUCGUAUCAUUGCGACGGUGAAGUGCAAAGUAAAUCGAAAAAUACGAAGGGUUUUGGCCGUUUCUGAUUCCACACGCAAAACUACUUAAAGCCAAAUUAACGAGAAAGUAGCUACUCAACCUAUCCGAUGGGCGGUUUAGCAUUUCCCCUUCUGGUUGCGAUUUUCAAGCGAUGUGCGAAGGAAACCCACAAUAAACGAAAACGAAAAGCGAGUUUUGUUUUUAGGUUAGGUUUUUGAAUUAACUAGGUAACUACGUUUAAUGAAUUAAUAAACGAAAAGAGCAGAUGAAAAGAUUUUGUUUGUUUUUUUUAUUGAGCAGAAAAAAGGAAAAUUGCGUUGGAGAAGAGAACAUUUGUAACGGCAAGAAAAAUACAAAACAAAAUAUUAAGUGAUAGUAUCUAAAAGUGAUAAUAAUUAAGAAAGAAAAGUAAGAAUAACAAUUAUAAUCAAGCAAGAAAAAUACAAAUAAUAUUAAUUGUAAUGAAACACAUUAAUUAUGAUAUCAUUUGUAACAACAGAAAAAAUGAGAUAAAAUGUGUAGGGCGAAUCAAUGGAAAACAGUAAAAUAAUAGAAAUCCACCGUUUUAAAUAAUAUUUUCUCUUUCUGUGGUCAUAAUGGAAGCAAACGUAAAUGUAUUAUGACGAAAAAGAAACAUGAAAAAACAAUAAAUAAAAAUUCUCUAAAGUGAAAAAUCAAAUGUACAUCUUUUAUUUGUCUCCCAUUUUCUACUCUCUCUAUCUACACUCUCAAUUGCAUUGUCUUCUUUAUUUUGUUUUCGCUAUUGUUCGCUUUGACAGUGUAUCCCUGUUCGUAUAAGAAAACUACUCAUCCUACUGCGUCUCGAAACAAUCUAGUCAAUCCGAAAAUCAAUUGUGAAAAUAUCUAAUCAGAGAGUGCUUUAAGUGAAAUCUAAAGCUACCGUCGAGAGUAGAGAAUACAAAACCUCUCAUUACACGACACAGAAAGAGAUAAUAUUUCAACCAAUUCGUACAAAAAAAUUAGUCUUCAUCUUCGAUAUCAGUUUGGUGAAGCGAAUCAGACAAAAACCAAUCGUUCACUAUUGUUCAUUCGUCGCUCAUUCGGCUCGACGUGACGCUUGCGUUCGGCGGGAACUGGUUUAAACAUAUUUAAGUGGAAAAGAUAAUGGGGCAAGCACUAGCUCAUAAGUUUGAAAGGUCAAACAAAAAAAAAAACUACUACUACUACUACUACAUAAUAUUCACUACUUACAGUGAAGAAAAUAAAUAGAAAACUUCAGCUACUCAAGCGCCAUGUGAAAUCUAAAUGUCGAUAUCGAAGCAAACUUCGAACCCAUGAAAUGAUGAUACAAAUUUGUAGCUCGUAAGAUUCGAUCAAUCGAUUGCUUUAAGUGAAGGGCAAACCUGAUGAUUACAAAUUAUUAUUGUGUUAAAUUCUUAGUUUACUUAAACCUACAGGUAUCCUUGUAAGUCAUAAAUGAUGUUUGUGAGCCUAUUUUUUGAAGCAUAAUACACACAAAAAAGACAAAUUCUAUGAAUAAUAGAAGCAAAAAAAUCAGAAAAUAAACUUUUUAUACAAAUAA